CAGAGAUGCUCGACAGACCCAGCAGAGCAGCCACGGAGCGAGAGAGGAGAUGUGAACUGGAGCCUAUAAUUAAACCAUUAUUCUUAUUUCUGUGUGUCCCAAAAUAUAUAUUCUACAUGCUGCUGCUCGUAUGGAAAACGCUUUCUUUUGUGUCCAAGGAGAGACUCAGCUGAAGAUCAUUAAGCACCAGAUUGCACCAAAAACCUGCUUCAAGUUGUGUGGAUCCGUGUGGAGUUAAAAUCACUCCCACUCUGAGCAGCGUGGACUCAUGAUGGCUCUAAUGGUUCACCUGAAGACGGUCGCUCACCUCCGGGGGAAAGGAGACCGGAUCGCCAAAGUUACAUUCAGAGGUCUGUCCUUCUACAGCCGAGUGGCAGAGAACUGUGAGGAAGUGGCCCCCUUUAAUGAGAUAUUCCGAUGGCCCAUCGCCAGCAGGCUGGAUGGAAACGAGAUGCUGGAGAUCCAAGUGUACAACUACAGCAAAGUCUUCUCCAACAGACUGGUGGGGACUUUCUGUAUGGUACUUCAGAAGGUGGCCGAGGCGGGACAGCUGGAGCUGACCGACACGCUCAUUGAUGACAACAACACGUCAAUAAAGACCAGCGUUACCAUAGAGAUCAGAUACCAGUCGAUGGAUGGCGCAGUGGGAGUUUGGAGCGACGGGGAGUUCCUCGAUGUUCCUGACGACCGUGACGGGAUGUUUGCCUUUGAAACAGACAGUUUGCUGUCAGCACAAAGUCACGGGUCGGGGACGUCUCCCGGACGGUCCUUACAGGGAUCUAUACCGACCUUCAGGAAAGCAGGGAAGGGAGUUUUCUCAGCCAUGAAGCUCGGCAAGAUCAAGAGCUCGAAGGACGAUCACAAGAAAGGAGAUGAACCGGCGGUCCUGGACAUGGAGGACAUGGACAGGAAGGCGAUGCGUCUUGCUGGAGCUAUGGACCCAGACACCAUCUCUCUGGCCUCUGUCACCGCCGUCACCACCAACGUCUCCAAUAAGAGGUCAAAGCCAGAUAUCAAGAUGGAGCCAGGUUCUGGACGCCCAGUGGAUUACCAGAUCAGCAUCACAGUGAUCGAGGCGCGGCAGCUGAUCGGCCUCAACAUGGACCCUGUGGUGUGUGUGGAGAUCGGAGACGACAAGAAGUACACGUCUAUGAAGGAGUCCACCAACUGCCCGUACUACAAUGAGUAUUUCGUCUUUGACUUCCACGUCCCUCCUGACGUCAUGUUUGAUAAGAUCAUCAAGCUCUCGGUUAUUCACUCUAAAAAUCUUCUUCGAAGUGGGACACUGGUGGGAACCUUCAAGAUGGAUGUUGGGACUGUUUACUCUCAGCCUGAACAUCAGUUUUACCACAAGUGGGCCAUCAUGUCUGAUCCUGACGACAUAACAGCGGGCUGUAAAGGAUACGUUAAGUGUGACAUCGCUGUGGUCGGGAAGGGCGACAACAUCAAGACUCCGCACAAGGCCAACGAGACCGAUGAAGACGACUUAGAGGGGAACCUCCUGCUCCCGGAGGGCAUCCCUGCAGAGAGGCAGUGGGCGAGGUUUUAUGUGAAGAUCUACCGCGCUGAGGGACUUCCUAAAAUGAACACCAGCAUCAUGGCUAAUGUGAAGAAGGCCUUCAUAGGAGAGAACAGAGACCUGGUGGACCCCUACGUUCAAGUGCAGUUUGCUGGCCAGAAAGGGAAGACUUCAGUCCAGAAGAGCAGUUAUGAACCGAUCUGGAACGAGCAGGUCGUCUUCACUGAGCUCUUCCCUCCACUCUGCAAACGCAUGAAGGUCCAGAUACGAGACUCGGAUAAGGUCAACGACGUCGCCAUAGGAACCCACUUUGUUGACCUACGCAAGAUAUCAAAUGAUGGUGACAAAGGGUUCCUGCCCACCAUGGGUCCAGCUUGGGCCAACAUGUACGGUUCCACCCGUCAGUACACUCUGAUGGACGAGCACCAGGACCUGAAUGACGGUCUUGGAGAAGGCGUGUCCUUCAGAGCUCGUCUCCUGCUGUCCAUCGCUGUGGAGAUCCUGGACACCACUUCACCUGAGCUCAUGAGCUCCACUGAGGUGCAGGUGGAUGGCGUCUCCAACAUCUCUGAGAGCGCCACUGGGAAAAUAGACGAGUUCUUCCUCUUUGGUUCCUUCCUGGAGGCCACCAUGAUCGACAGGAAGAUCGGAGAUAAAGCGAUAAGUUUUGAAAUCACAAUAGGUAACUACGGCAACCAGAUAGAUGGCGUAAGCAAGCCUUUAUCGGCAAAGAAGAAGAAGAAAGAUGGAGAGAAUGAAGAAGAGGAGAGCGAGCUGAUACAGAACUCCAGUGAUGAGGAGGCGGACGAGGACGCGGACCUGGUCUCGGUCUCCUCCACUCCGCCAAUGAAGCCUGUCAUCACCGACAGGAAUUACUUCCAUCUUCCCUACUUUGAAAAGAAGCCGUGUGUCUACAUCAAAAGCUGGUGGCAGGACCAGAGGAGACGACUUUACAACUCCAACAUGAUGGACAAGAUCGCUGACAAGCUGGAAGAGGGUGUGAAUGAUGUUCAGGAGAUCAUUAAGACAGAGAAGGCUUUUCCAGAGCGCAGACUCAGGGGGGUGCUGGAGGAGCUCAGCGUCGGCUGCAGCCGGUUUGUGACUCUUGCAAACAAGGAUGUGAACCAGGCGGGCCGAACUAAGCUGGAUCGAGAGCGUCUCAAGUCCUGCAUGAGAGAGAUGGACAGCAUGGGCCAGCAGUCCAAGCAGAUCCGGACUCAGGUGAAGAAAAACACAGUCAGAGACAAACUCAAGCUGGUGCAGAACUUCCUGCAGAAGCUCCGUUUCCUCGCAGACGAGCCUCAGCACAGCAUCCCAGAUGUUUUCAUCUGGAUGAUGAGCAACAACAAGCGCAUCGCCUACGCCCGGAUUCCUUCCAAAGACAUUCUCUACUCCAUCGUGGAUGAGGAAACAGGAAAAGACUGCAGCAAAGUCAAAGCCGUCUUCCUCAAGCUGCCUGGUAAGAAGGGGUUUGGUCCUGCAGGCUGGACAGUUCAGGCAAAGCUGGAGUGUUAUCUGUGGCUCGGCCUCAACAAGCAGAAGAAGGACUUCCUCAAUGGUCUGCCUAAUGGUUUUGAAGAGAUCAAAUCUGCUAAAAUGGGCCCCGGUCUUCAGUCUGUGCCCCCCGUCAGCCUCGUCUACAACAUGAAGCAGGUGUUCCAGCUGAGAGCACACAUGUACCAGGCCCGCAGUCUGUUUGCGGCUGACAGCAGUGGCCUUUCAGAUCCUUUCGCACGCGUCUUCUUCUCCACGCACAGCCAGGUCACUGAGGUCCUGAGCGAGACUCUCUGCCCUACAUGGGACCAGCUGCUGGUGUUUGACGACGUGGAGCUGUUCGGGGAGGCCAGCGAGCUGAGAGACGACCCUCCGAUCAUUGUAGUUGAAAUCUACGACCAGGACACUGUGGGCAAGGCAGAGUUCAUAGGUCGGACGUUUGCGAAGCCCACCAUCAAGAUGUGUGACGAGUACUACGGCCCCCCGAGGUUCCCACCACAGCUGGAGUACUACUCGGUCUACAGAGGGAACUGCACUGCUGGAGAACUGCUGGCCGCCUUUGAGCUGCUGCAGAUCGGUCAAGGAGGCAGGACCGAUCUUCCUCCCCUUGAAGGGCCGACAGACUCGGAGCGUGGACCCAUUCUGCCCGUGCCGCUGGGCAUCCGACCCAUCCUGAGUCGCUACCGCAUAGAGGUUUUGUUCUGGGGCUUAAGGGACCUGAAGAGGAUUAACCUGGCUCAGGUGGAUCGGCCCCGUGUGGACAUAGAGUGUGCAGGUAGAGGUGUCCAGUCUGUCCUCAUCCAGAACUACAAGAAAAACCCCAACUUCAGCAUCCUGGUUAAAUGGUUUGAGGUGGACCUUCCAGAGAAUGAGCUUCUCCACCCUCCUCUCAACAUCCGGGUGGUGGACUGCCGGGCCUUUGGCCGUUACAUCCUGGUGGGGUCCCAUGCCGUCACCAGCCUGAGACGGUUUAUCUACAGCGCACCAGAUAAGACCUCCAACAACUGGGCCUCUGCAGCUAAGCUAAUGAAUGGCUACCUGGUCCUUGCCAACGGCGGCUCCCAUCCUCGCUCCUCACCCAGCCUUUCCUCCCGCACCCUCUCUCGCCCCGCAGGUGACAUGAUCGUCAACAUGGACGCAGAGUCAUCGGUCCGAAAGAUGGACACGGUUGUCAAGUUGGACGCUACGUCUGACGCUGUUGUAAAAGUUGACAUGACCGAGGAGGAGAACGACAAAGAGAAAAAGAAGAAGAAGAAGAAAAAGAAGGGAGGAGUGGAGGAAGAGGAUGAGACAGAUGAGAGAGUGCUGGACUGGUGGUCCAAAUAUUUUGCUUCAAUAGAGACACUGAAGGAGACUCUCCGAGCCCAGGAGGCGGCUCAGGCAGAGGCGGAGGAGAGAGAGGACCUGGAGAUCGCUGCAGAGUCAGCAGAUAUCAAACCCGAUGACCUUCUUCUGAAAGGCUACAAGACAAAAGAGAAGAGCAAAGAGAAGAAGAGCUCCAAGGACAAGAAGAAAGGUCAGGCUGCAGACGGCUCUGAUAAACAACCGGUUAAAGCGAAAGUGGACGAGCUGAUGGUGUACAACAAGGAGCUGGAGAGCGAGUACGGCAACUUUGAAGACUGGCUGCACACUUUCAACUUGUACAGAGGAAAAGCUGGGGAUGACGACGAACACGCUCUGGAUGACGACAGGAUUGUUGGCAGAUUCAAGGGAUCCUUAUGUAUGUACAAGCUACCCCUGUCUGAGGAGAUCACCAGAGAGGCAGGAUUCGAUCCUAAUAUGGGAAUGUUCCAAAGCAUCCCACAUAACGAUCCAAUCAACGUCCUUGUCCGUGUCUAUGUGGUCAGGGCUACAGAUCUUCACCCUGCUGAUAUCAACGGGAAGGCUGAUCCAUACGUUGUCAUCAAGCUGGGCAAGUCAGAGGUCAAAGACAAAGAGAACUACAUCUCCAAACAGCUCAAUCCUGUAUUUGGCAAAUCCUUUGACAUCGAGGCCACGUUCCCCAUGGAGUCCAUGCUAUCGGUGUCGGUGUACGACUGGGACCUGGUCGGCACCGACGACCUGAUCGGAGAGACAAAGAUCGACUUGGAGAAUCGUUUCUACAGCAAAUACAGAGCCACCUGCGGUAUUUCAUCCAACUACUCUGUCCAUGGAUACAAUAUUUGGCGGGACCCAAUGAAGCCCAGUCAGAUCCUGACGAAGCUCUGUAAGGACGGCAAGAUCGAUGGACCUCAUUAUGGGCCGGGAGGCAAAGUCAAGGUGGCCAAUCGACUCUUCAUGGGACCUACAGACAUCGAGGAUGAAAAUGGUCUGAAGAAGCAGACUGAGGAGCAUUUGGCUCUGACGGUGCUGAACCACUGGGAGGAGAUCCCGAGGGUGGGCUGUAAGCUCGUCCCUGAACACGUGGAGACCAGACCCCUGCUGAACCCCGACAAACCUGGCAUCGAACAGGGCCGUAUUGAGAUGUGGGUGGAUAUGUUUCCUAUGGACAUGCCUGCUCCUGGACCUGCGCUUGACACGUCACCACGGAAACCAAAGAGAUAUGAGCUCAGGGUGAUUAUUUGGAAUACAGACGAAGUAAUACUGGAGGACGAUGAUUACUUCACUGGGGAAAAGUCCAGUGACAUAUUUGUCAGGGGAUGGCUGAAAGGGCAGCAGGAGGACAAGCAGGACACAGAUGUGCACUAUCACUCCCUGACCGGUGAGGGCAACUUUAACUGGCGCUUCGUCUACCCCUUCGAUUACCUCAUGGCUGAAGAGAAGAUCGUCAUCUCUAAGAAAGAGUCCAUGUUCUCCUGGGAUGAGACUGAAUAUAAGAUCCCUCCUCGCCUCACGAUGCAGGUCUGGGACGCCGACCACUUCUCUGCUGAUGACUUCCUGGGUGCGAUUGAGCUGGACCUAAACCGGUUUCCCCGCGGCGCCAAGACGGCCAAGCAGUGUUCGCUUGACAUGAUCCGAAAUGAGCACGAGCUGCCCACCAUUUCCAUCUUCAAACAAAAGAGGGUCAAGGGCUGGUGGCCGUUUGUGGCCCGCGAUGAGAACGAUGAGAUGGAGCUUACGGGUAAGGUAGAAGCUGAGCUUCAUCUGGUGACAGCAGAGGAGGCGGAGAAAAGUCCUGUAGGCCUGGGACGAAAUGAGCCUGAUCCACUGGAGAAACCAAACCGCCCAGACACCACCUUCCUAUGGUUCCUGAGCCCGCUGAAAGCCAUCCGCUACCUGGUGUGCAACCGCUACAAGUGGCUGAUCAUCAAGAUCGUGGUGGCCCUGCUGCUGCUCAUAAUGCUGGGCCUCUUCCUCUACAGCAUGCCGGGCUACCUUGUCAAGAAGCUGCUUGGGGCUUGAGAGGGCUGCUGGGAGGACAGGGAGGGGGGGGUGGCCAGCCGGAUAGAUAGAUAGAUGGAUGGAUGAAGGGGGGAGACGCAGAGUGUAGAUGCUGGCUUGUGGACGCAAACCAGAAGGAGACUCACCCACAGGAAGGGAGGCACAGGAAGGAGGAAGCGCUUUGGGAAGUACGAUUGCAUUAUUUUCUCCUCUCUAAUCCGUUCUGAUUGUCACAAACUGCUCGCCACCUUCCACCUUUGCUCUGCAGAGAGAGGCACAAACCACGCAAAAUGACUUUUUUUCCCCCGCAAGUCAUGAGAAACACUAACUGUCUAAUCCUAUAUCCAAUCUGCAGCCGGCCUAACAAAUCUGAUGCUCAGUAUCUGGACUCCAUCCUUGAACUGACUAAAAAGCAAUCAUUUGCCACAAAGUCUAACCCCUGAUACACCUCUUCUUCUUCCUUUCAAGCAAUGUUACAUGACAAUGAAUGUUUCUUUAUCUGUUUAUACAACUUUUAAUUUAUGUAUGAAGUUAAAUCGGAGUGCUGGGUUAGUGGUCAGACGAUUGCAUGGAUAUUCAUUUCAAGUGAUGCUGUAAGAUCUCCCAUUACUGCUACGAUGUCUGCUGUUAAGCUAAUAGGGAACAAAUGAACAAUAUGUUUGACAACACUCUGCUCUAACCCCCUUUUUUUUAGCAUUUAUAAGCACUAUAUAAAUAUUUAAUAAAUGGUUUACUCUAUAACACAAUGCUCAGUAUUUGUCAACAGUUAUAACUUCUCCUGUGUAGACAUAUUUUAUAUUAUUACAACUGUGUUUUACUAUAUUAUCAUUUAUUAUCUGUUUAUACACCAGCCUCUACGUAUGGAUGCACACAGGAGGAGUUAUAGUUGUUGACGAAUACAUUAAUAAACACUUAUAGAUGCUUUUACCUACGUUAUUCGAUGUUUAUAUACUGCUUAUAAAUGCUGAUUAGGGGGGAUGAAAACAAAGUGUUACCAUUUUUUUUUUUUAAACUAUUAUAGCUCUUGCAGUCUUUGCACACUUCGCGAAUAAUAAUGAAGAAACAAAAAGAAAGAUGUCUAUUUUCCUAAUGAAAUCCAAUGAGACAAAGAACAAGAUGACUUCAAAAUUAAUUCAAUAAUUAAUAAGCGUUCUACAGGGUUUAGUUCAAAUGCAAUUUUAAAAUAUUGAAUCUCUUGGAUCAAAGCAACCAAGCCAGACUUGGGUCAAAAAGUAUUCGCAAAUAAUUAUUAAAAAAGAGAAUAGGAGAAUAAAACAAAUUAUUUGCAAAUAUAAUUUGACUAAGUCUGGUUGAAACGUCUUCAAAAGCAACAAAUACUUCCAGUUUAUUACUGUUUUUCUACUAAAAUGUAGACUUAUAUUGUCAAUAUGCAUGCAUCAUUGUGAUAACUGACCACAGAGGUCGUGUGUGUUGGCAUGACUGUCUCUCCAAAUCACCAACCCUGCUGUCUUUAACAUUACAGAUAAUGUAAAGAUGAUUUCAUGGGAACAUAAAGUGCACUUGAGUGGAGUGGUGAAAGGGGGUCUAGAGUUGAUUCUCUAAACUAUGGCGUUGUUUGCAGUGCCCGUUACUCCCUUUCAAAUUUGCCUGCGCUUGAUCUCAUUUGUGUUUAUAUAUCUGGUGAAAUGUGUGCAAUAUUUAUUUUCUGUCUCUUUUGGAAAUUUGAAAUAAACUGAAUUCCAUGGAAAA